AUGCACCACAACCUUGUGGCUGACAUCUUUGCCGCUGCCGACGAGGACGAUCCCGCAUGGAUGGCACUUGCGAUGGAGAUGGCCGCCAUCGGAGUGCAGACGCCUGCGAUGGGCGCGUACGGUCGCCCGCUGGCGGCGUGGCGGCAGCGGCUGGGCCAGCCGCGGCGGACUCGCGGUAUCCUCGCCUGGGCCAUCGACGGCCGGCUCGAUCGACUCGUAGCCGCGCUUGUCGACAGCGGCACGACGCCGACUACCGCCCAUCUCGAACAGGCGUGCAAGAUUGGCGCGGUCGCGGUGGUUCGCGUCUUGCUCGCCGCAGACGUCGACGCCCGGCCGGGCUUGCUGUCUGCGGCCCUGGCGGGCCAAGCCAGCGCCGUCGGCGCAUGUCUCGACAGCUGCCCGACAGCGAGCUUUGGCAAGACCUUAGAGCUGGCCCUUUUGUCGGCAGCCAAGUCUGGACAUGCUGCAGUGGUCUCGAAGCUUCUCGAGAGCGGCGUCGAUGCUGCCGCCGAUCGUGCCAGUGCGCUGUUCUUUGCCUGCCGGUCGGGCCACUCGGACGUGGUCGAGCUGCUGCUGCAGUCGCCGACGCUUUCGGCCGAGGUCGAAGGCGGCCAGGCGCUUGUUGUGGCGUGCGGCAUGCGCGGCUCGAGCAGCACGAUUGACAAGCUUCUUGAUGCUGGCGAGUUUACGCCGGAAACAAUCCAGGUCGCAGCGAUAGAGGCCGCAAAGCACGGCCAUCGCGAGGCGGUAGUGCGGCUGCUCUCGCGCCCGGGCAUCCGAACCGCCGAGCUUGUCAACGACGUGCUAAUGGCGGCGGUCGACGGGAGCCACAGCGCGAUUGUAGCGCUAAUGCUUGACGAGCCUGGUGUGGCACCCGGCGCCGACGAGUCGGAGGCGCUGCGGCGCGCCGCCUGGCUUGGUGACGUCGAGACCGUGCGGUUGCUGUUGGCUAGCGGUGGCGUCGACGUGAGCGCGCGGAACAACGCUGCGCUACAGAACUCGACAAAGAGAGGGAACGUCGAACUGGUACGGUUGCUCCUGGCCAACGGCGCCGAUGCGACAGUCCGCGACUGUGACCCGUUCACCACAGCUUGCGCGCAGGGCCACUUGGAGGCCGCACAGGAGCUGCUGGCGUGCGACGGCGUGACCGCCAGCGUCCACGGCAACACCGCCAUUGAAUGGGCGGCUGGAAACGGGCGGAAAGAUGUCGUGACAUUUCUUCUCACCCAACCCGAGGUCGAUCCGUCGGUGAGGAACCAUGCGCCGCUCAGGGUGGCGGUCUUCAAUGGGCACACGGCCAUUGUGGAGAGGCUCCUCGCCCACCAUCGCGGGUCCAAGUGUCGGCGGUGGUUGCCGAUGCCAAAGCUGGUACAGCUCGCAAGCGAGGCUGGUAACAGCGAGAUGCUGGCGACGCUCGAGGUACACCGAGCAGGUGGCGGCGAAUCAUCGUCGUCGCCGCGGUGACGGCGUCUUGCCGUAGAUCGAGCGCGCGUAGUCGGCACGGCUCAUUCCGCCGCUGGCAUCCAACUGUGGCGAGUGCAGCAAUGCGGAUGUACGUGCAGGUGUAGGUGGGCUCACCACCACUAGCACCCGAUCCGAGGCGUAAACGCCGGCAUGCCACGGCGACGACGGCGGCGGCGGGGAGCGCGGGUGCGGAGGGGAGCGCGGCGAGCGGAUCGCUGUCGAUGCUAAUGAAGAUCUGUAGGCAAGG